AUGCCUGGUUGACAUUUUCGACGCUCGGCAGAGGACGUCAAAACAGAGCGACAGUUAGCUAUGUGGCUAGCUAGAGCAUGUAUUUGAUUCAAAUAUGGAAAAAAAGAGGUUUAAUAUCAACCUGGACGACUCUGCCUUCACAAAAGAAAGAACCCCGGUGAAACCCCUGUUCCAGCCCUCCUCUAAGGCAGGCCAGAGUGCAGCAGCAUCAUCAUCAACCACCUCUGAGACCACAGCUCAGCCUGCACCCCCGUCUGCUGGCCAACCACUAUCCUACGCAGAGUUCAUUGUCCAGAGCAAAGGCCAUGCACCUCCGCGAGUCCCCUCAGCUCCACAGAGAGUGGGGGUGUCCAGGGUGGCUGCAGGGACUGGGACCGGGAUAGAUACAGAGACUGGUAGUUUGAAGGAGGGUCUCAGUCAAGGAGCACAAGGUGGGCCUGAUGUGCUGUCGUCGUCGUCCUCUGUGAGGUGUGAGAGGCCUCAGGACCAGGCCCAGGGGACAAAGGAUCUGGGUUCUGGUGGACCACCAGGGGUUACAGAGGGAGAGGGGCAGAGGGCUGGGACUGAGCAGAAGCAGGGGGAGGGUCAAGGGUCAGAGGGCAGCAACAUCCUAGGUCAUCCUAAACCAGUGGGGUCUGGUAAUAGUAUCAUAGUCAGCCCCAGACAGAGAGGAAACCCCAUUCUGAAGUUUGUGAGGAGUGUGCCUUGGGAGUUUGGAGAAGUGGUCCCUGACUAUGUCCUGGGACAGACAACCUGCGCUCUCUUCCUCAGUCUGAGGUACCACAACCUCAACCCCAACUACAUCCACGACCGUCUCAAACUGUUGGGCCAGACCUUCAUCCUCAGGGUUCUACUGGUCUUAGUUGAUGUGAAAGACCCUCACCAUUCUCUGAAAGAGCUGGCUCGUAUCUGCAUCAUGGCUGACUGCACUCUCAUCCUGUCCUGGAGUCCAGAGGAGGCGGGGCGUUACCUGGAGACGUACAAGUCCUAUGAGAAGAAACCAGCUGAUCUGCUGAAGGAACAUGUGGAGAAAGACUACCUGUCGAAGGUGACGGACUGUCUGACCACUGUGAAGUCUGUCAACAAGACUGACUCCAUCACUCUGCUGUCAACCUUCUCUUCCUUAGAGGGGAUCAUCAAUGCAGCUAAAGAGGACCUGGUUCUCUGUCCUGGACUGGGACCACAGAAGGCCAGACGUCUCUAUGACGUUCUACACCAGCCCUUCCUCAAGGCCAAGAAGAAAGACAGCUGACCCACAGACAGUCCUUACUACUCUACUGUUGACCUUUCUCCUCAGCAGGACACUGGCUUCCAUUAUGGCCCACCUCUAUCCUAAGGACUGUUUCACCUGGGAACAGGACCCAUUAUGGCCCACCUCCUAUCCUAAGGACUGUUUCAACUGUACUGUUGUUUUUUUUACAUUUGUAUAAAAAUAAAACACUAGAAAAUAGAUCUUGAGUCAAUACAUGUUAGAAUCACCUUUGGCAGUGAUUACAGUUGUGAGUGUUUCUGGGUAAGUCCACACCUGGAUUGUACAAUAUUUUUUUGUUCUUUUUUGAAUUCUUCAACUCUGUCAUUGGUUAUUGAUCAUUGCUAGACAACCAUUUUCAGGUCUUACCAUAGAUUUUAUAGCAGAUUUAAGUCAAAACUGUAAUUCGGCCACUCGAACAUUCACUGUCUUGGUAAGCAACUCCAGUGUAGAUUUGGUCUUGUGUUUAAGGUUAUUGUCCUGCUGAAAGGUAAAUUCAUCUCCCAUUGUCUGGUGGAAAGCAGACUAAACCAGACCUGUGGUUAGCUCCAGUCUGUUUUUAGUUUUUUAUCCUGAAAACUCCCCAGUCCUUAUUAAUGUUUACAAGCAUUAAUUUUUGUUUUGCCUCCUAUCACAGCCAUUAAACUCAAACUGUUUUAAAGUCA